AUGCAGAUCAGAUGGAUGGGUCUGUUAGUGCUCACUGCCCUCACUGGAACCUCUACAGAUGGAUUUGCUGUGCAAACUCCAGACAAGUCCGUCUCAGCUCAGUACAGAGCCUCCGUCACUCUGCCCUGUGGAAUCUCUCCAGCCACCAGUGCAGUGGAUCUGGAGUUGCGCUGGCACCGACCCGAUGGGUUCAACACCCCGGUUCUGUUCUACAGGAACAAAGCGGUACAGCCUGUAGAACCUCAGUACAGGGACUGGAGAACCUCACGCUGGCAGACAGAGGAGAGUAUGUGUGCUACAUCAAGAGUUCCUCAUGUGGUAGGCUCUGCUCCACUUAUUUCAUUGUCUGAAGAGCCUGUGCUCACCUGGACAGACAGAGAGGGGAGAGUCCUACCUGCAAUCCCAAGAGUGCUUUGGACAGAUGAUGCUGGUUUGGUGGGAGUGAGUUCCUGGCUGCUCUCCUCUUCCUCUGAGUCAGAGUGGCUCUCCUGCUUUGUGGGUGUGUCUGAUCAGGAGAUGAGAGAGGGCCGGAUCUUACCGUACAUCUCCAGAGGACAGACUACAGACACAACAGGCCAGCGUGAAAGGGCAGAGAAAUGCAUGAACACAGAAAUUGUAAUCACAACCCCAGAUUGGGAUAAUGUGAAAGCAUUUCAAGUUAAGGACAUCAGUCUGAACCGUAAAACUGCCCCUGACUUUCUGGAGGUGAAAGAUGAUGGAAAAAAGAAAAACACAGGAGUGAGGUGUCCUGAUCCUCAGAAAGCCCAGGACCAUGUAAACAGGUUUCCCCAUGUUCUGUGUGAGGAGAGAUUCUGCUCUGGACAGCGCUGCUGGGGGGUGAAGAUUUGGGCAGAAGGAUUGAUGAAGAAUGACCACAUCAGUGACAAGCAGUCGUGGUAUGUGGGGGUGUGCAGUGACACAGUAAGUCAAACACACAGAGUCCCUUUAACCCCACAGAACGGCUUCUGGGUUCUCCAGUAUGAGAAAGGAACAGGACUCUUUGCCAACACAGACCCUCCAACUCCAGUGCAGGUGGCAACAUUGUUUAAGAGGCUGGGGGUGUUUCUGGACUGUGACAAACACACUCUGUCCUUUUACAAUGUGGAUACUAAAUCACACUUGUGCACCUUUGAGAAUGUGAAAGCUGCCAACCUGAUUCCUCUGAUUAGUCCUGGAGUCAGAGAUUCUGAACUCAUGAAGAUAUGUGCAGAUGUAGACAAGAAACAAAAAGGCAAAGACGAGAGCACCAAUAGGAAAAAUAGUAAUAAAUUAAAACUAGAUGUACCGCAGAGCGGUACAAGAUAUGACCGCCGCCCAAACGGCUUCUGGGUUCUUCAGUAUGAGAAAGGAACUGGACUCUUUGCCAACACUGACCCUCCAACUCCAGUGCAGGUGUCAAAGCUGUUUAAGAGACUGGGGGUGUUUCUGGACUGUGACAAACACACUCUGUCCUUUUACAAUGUGGACACUAAAUCACACCUUCGAGAAUGUGAGAGCUGCCAACCUGAAGUGGGAACUUUUGCCGUGUAG